AUGUCCAAUCUUGCCAAACAUCUCCAACCACACGGUACCACUGAUUCAUCCUUGUUGAAUGGUCAUCAAUUCCAUCGUAAUGAUCCAGAAUACUACUCGAGUGAUGAAGACAGUGUUCAUCAAGAGUUGGAAAGCUACGGAAUCACUACCCGUAGAAUUUAUCACAAUGCAUCCGUUCCAGUUCUCUAUGAACAAGCCUUGAAGAACGAAAAGGGAACUGCACUCACUUGCACGGGUGCUUUGGUUGCCUUUUCAGGCACUAAGACUGGUCGUUCUCCAAAGGAUAAGCGUAUUGUUGAAGAAGAAACCUCAAAGAAUGAUGUCUGGUUCGGACCAGUCAAUAUUCCACUCUCUGAAGACUCCUUCAUGGUCAAUCGGGAACGUGCGGUGGACUAUUUGAAUACUCGUGAACAAUUAUAUGUCUUUGAUGGAUUUGCAGGAUGGGAUAAAAAGUACCGUAUCAAGAUUAGAGUCAUCUCUACAAGAGCCUAUCAUGCUCUCUUUAUGAGAAAUAUGCUCAUUCGUCCAACUCCACAAGAAUUGAUGGACUUUGGCGAGCCUGAUUACAUUAUUUACAAUGCAGGUGAAUUUCCCGCCAAUCGUUACACCAAAGGCAUGACCUCUCCAUGCAGCAUUUCGAUUAACUUUAAGAGACGUGAAAUGGUCAUUCUCGGAUCUCAAUAUGCUGGUGAAAUGAAGAAGGGAGUCUUUACCAUUAUGCACUAUUUGAUGCCUAAACAAGGUGUAUUGUCCCUUCACUCCUCAUGCAAUGAAGGUAAAGAUGGAACUGUAUCACUCUUCUUUGGUUUGAGUGGUACUGGUAAGACCACUUUGAGUGCUGAUCCUAAUCGUUAUCUCAUUGGUGAUGAUGAACAUGUAUGGACGGAGGAAGGUGUCUUUAAUAUUGAAGGUGGUUGUUAUGCCAAGUGUAUUGGUUUGAAACGAGAGACUGAACCCGAAAUUUACGAUGCCUUACACUUUGGAAGUGUUUUGGAAAAUGUUGUGAUGGAUGAAGUGACCCGCCAAGUUGAGUACGAAAGUUCAGAAAUUACUGAAAAUACUCGUGCUUGUUAUCCAUUGGAAUUUAUUCCAAAUGCAAAGAUUCCAGCAAUUACUGGACAUCCAAACAAUAUCAUUUUGUUGACUUGUGAUGCAUUUGGUGUUUUGCCUCCAGUCUCCAAACUCACCAUUCCACAAACCAUGUAUCACUUUAUUUCAGGAUAUACUGCCAAAGUUGCAGGUACUGAAGUGGGUGUCACUGAACCUCAAGCCACAUUCUCUGCUUGCUUUGGCGAACCAUUCUUGGUGUUGCAUCCUACUCGUUAUGCUGAAAUGUUGGCUGAUAAAUUGAAGAAACACUCUUGCACUGCAUGGUUGGUGAACACUGGAUGGGUGGGUGGUAGUGCUGGAUCUAAAUCCAAGGUGCGUGGUAAGAGAUGUCCACUCAAAUACACUCGUGCCAUUAUUGAUGCGAUUCACAAUGGAGAAUUGGCAAAACAACCAACUGUUGAAAUGGAAAUCUUUGGUUUGCACAUUCCAACCAAGUGUACUGGUGUUCCUGAUGAAUUGCUCAUUCCAAAGAAUGCAUGGCCUGAUAAGGAACUUUAUAAUGAUGAAUUGAACAAGUUGUGUUUGUUGUUCAACAAGAACUUUAGUGCCUAUGCGGAUAAGGCCUCUGAAGAGGUGAUUCAAGCUGGUCCAAAGAGUAAUACGACCAAACAAUUUGAUGUCAAGGUGACUCGUGAGGCAUAA